UCUCGAUGCUGGGUUUCUUUUUUCUUUCAACGUGUCGUGUAGCUACUGUACUAAUAGUGAAUUAAAAAGAAAUCGAGUCGUCUGUGAUUUUAUCGGUAAAUCGGUAUGAAAAAUCGGCAUCUUUAUUAGUAGUUUUUGUGAAAAAUUCGCUUGAAAUUCAGGAGAUACAAGAGGGGAAAAAAUAAAUGACAGGAUAUACGUGUGCAAAAGUGCAAGAGUAAGACGCCGGUCGGUGCUGGAUUAUUCCUUCUUCUCCUUAUUUUCCUCGAGACAGCAACGACAGCUUCACCGGGCGAAGGGCGACUCGGACUCCAAGAGAUGCGUCGUCGCAUCCCGCACUGCAUGACAAAAAGACCAAGGAAAUUUUUGCACCGAGGAUCAACAAAAUGAGAGCCACCGUCACCUGCGCCACGUGGCUGGUGAUGAUAAUCGGCACAGGCCUGGCCUCAGUACUUAACAAAUUGACGGCCCCAGCGGCCAGUCCCAUCACACACAAGCCGAUCGAAAAUGAGAAUAACGACUACGCGACUGUACUCGGGAUGUCACUGAUGUUCUACGAGGCACAGCGUUCGGGUAAACUCACGCCUGACAAUCGCAUACCCUGGCGCGGUGACUCGGGCCUCAACGACCGCGGUGACAACGGCGAGGACCUCACCGGUGGCUACUACGAUGCUGGUGACUUUGUCAAGUUUGGCUUUACGAUGGCCUCGACGACGACGCUGCUCGCGUGGGGUGCCAUCAGCUGGCCGGGGGCUUACGAGAGGGCCCACCAGCUGGAGGCGAUCCGCGCGGCCGUCAAAUGGGCGACGGACUACUUCGUCAAGUGCCACGUGAGCGAUGACGUGCUGUACGGGCAGGUCGGCGAUUUCGACGUUGAUCACCUAUACUGGGGCAGACCGGAGGAGCUCAACGGCACCAGGCCGGCUUACAAGAUCGACGCCGAGCAUCCAGGGUCGGAGUUGGCGGGUGAGACGGCGGCAGCCUUGGCCGCGAGCAGCAUCCUUUUUCGGGCCACCGAUGGGCCCUACAGCGAAAAACUCCUGGGGCACGCGCGUCGACUGUACUCGUUCGCAGUCACGCACCGCGGGCUGUACCACGAGGCGAUCAAGGGCGCGGCCCAGUUUUACGAGAGCACCGAGUACGGGGACGAGCUCGCUUGGGCCGCGCUUUGGCUGUACAAGGCCACCAACGACACCAACUACCUCGAGCUCGCCGUGGACCAUUACAGGCACUUUCGCCUCGGCUCCAGGCCCAACGAGUUCUAUUACAACAACAAGGUGGCUGGGGUACAGGUGCUGUUGGCCCAACUGACCGGCCAAUCGGAGUACCAGAAGGCAGCGCGGGGCUUUUGCGAUUAUUCAGUGCGGGAGCAAAAGCGCACCCCCAAAGGCCUGCUGUACAUCGGCAAAGUCGGUACUCUCGGCCACGCGGCGAACGUGGCCUUUGUGUGCCUCCAGGCCGCCGAUCACCCGAACAUGGGCGACCCCCAGGAGUACCGUAGCUUUGCCAAGCAGCAGAUAGACUACAUGCUCGGCAGCACAGGUCGCAGUUUCGUCGUCGGUUGGGGCCGGGACCCGCCACAGCAGCCCCAUCACGCAGCUUCCUCGUGCCCGGAUCGACCGACGCCCUGCGGGUGGUCCGAGUACGACCGCAACGCGCCAAACCCCCAAGUCCUGGUGGGCGCCCUGGUCUCGGGCCCGGACGAGAUCGACUGCUUCUACGACAAGCGCGAGGACUUUAUCUACACGGAGGUCACGCUCGACUACAACGCCGGGUUUACCGGAGCUCUGGCCGGGCUGUACCAGCUGCGGGUCGACGAAGCCAGCGCGUGAUACUGUUUCGACCCAGGGAGAGGAUUUUUGUGGAAAUGAAUGGACGAUCGGCGGAAGAAAAAAAAAU